GUGUACCUCAACACUUCCGAGCCCUUCUGCAUGGCUGCCGUGGGAGUACAAGGAGGAGGAAAGAGCCACACGAUCGGCUGCGUGUUGGAAGCAUGCAUGCUUCCGUUCCCCUCCUCCAAGGUCGUUAACUUGAACAAGCCCAUGACCACUCUGGUCCUGCACUACGACACGAACCCUCAAGCCAAGGUGGAGGCGACAGGGCUGAUGAGCCCCAACACGAUGCUAGAGCAGAUGCUGCGAGCCAACAGCAAGACAGGAGCUCCUUGUGAGCUGAACUUGAAGGACGUGGUCGUCCUGGUAUCUCCCUGCUACUACAAGCAGCGCCAGCAGUACUACGGGAAGGGAGUGACAGUGAAGCCGCUGCUGUUCAAGUGGAACAGACUGACGAGCGAUCAUAUCAAGAGGAUCAUGCGGUUGAAGGAGGAGGACAAUCAGCUCUACGUCUCAAUGAUGACGCAACUCCUGCGCUCGAACCAGCGGAACAACAGCAGCAUGUCCCUCGCCGAGCUGCUCAAGCAGCUUCAGAGCGAGUGCAAGCUUACCACUCAAGCUGGUCCGCUGGCUCAGAGGAUUCAACUGCUGCAGUCCAUCGUCCAGGAGAGCUCCGUCAACACCUCGCUCGCUCGCACGUCCUCGGACCUGCAAGACGCCUGCAAACCAGGAAAGCUCGUCAUCGUGGACUUGACCGACCCUAUGCUGACGUCAGCAGAGGCCAACAGCAUCUUCCAGAUCCUCGUCGAGCAGUUCAGGACGCUGGGAGGUCACGUGACCGGGAAGCUCCUCGUGCUCGACGAGGCGCACAAGUACAUGCAAGGGGUGGAGUCCGACGGCCUCAGCCAGUCGAUUGUCAACAUCGCCCGCCUCAUGCGCCAUGACAACAUGCGGCUGGCUGUCAGCACUCAGAACCCCAGCACGCUGGCGCCCGAGCUGCUGGAACUGAUCUCCUUCGCCGUCCUCCAUCGCUUCCACUCCCACGACUGGUACCAUUACUUGGCGGCGAAGCUGCCGCUGGUGCAGGAGGACUGGGAGAGGAUCCUGGAGCUGCGGCCGGGGCAGGGGCUUGUGUUUGCCUCGAGGAAGUCGUUCAUGUCGGAGGAAGAAGACAAGGAGGGAGGGAGCAAGAGCGGAGGGUCGAGGUGCAUGCAGGUGAACAUCCGAGCCCGUCUCACUGCAGACAAAGGAGCGAGCAUGAGGAAC